UUUAAAAAUUUACUCAUCCGUUUUUGACCAUGAAAAAGAAAAACGCGUUGUAUUUCAAUUGUAUUUUUUGUAUUUUAAAACGAAAAUCAAAUAGCCACACUUUUUUUGUUUUUUGAAACCCUUUUCUGAAUGAAAAGUCGAAUGAACAAGAUAUACACCAGGCGUGUGGCAUGUUGACGUCAUGUCUAUGUGAACAUUGACCAUAUAAAUUGAAAGCAGAGUGAGAUAUUGAACACUUUCUGUUCUGUACACUUUGGGAGUAAGUUGAAAUUGACUCGGUCCGAAAGGUUUAACAUUCGUCCUUUUCUAAAUGCGAAGAUUGGAGCACGAAUACCGAGUCACUUUUAUACAAAUAAUAGUUUGAAGAUUCUCUAAACAAAUAAACCUACAGUUAGAUCAUGGAAAUUGAAACAUUUUUGAGUAUCUUCUGGCUCAACUCAACAUGGAUCUUAAUAAACUUCAUAAGAUUGAUGAGGAGCUUACAAAGAGUGAAGUUGCAGCUCUGAAGUUUCUCUGCAUGGAUCAGCUUGGUAGGAAACGACUGGAGUCUGUGAUGGAUGCGAAAGAUCUGUUCCUCCGGUUCACAGAGCAAGAUUUGCUCAAGGAUGAACUCUUCCUCCCUGACCUGCUGUACACUAUUAAACGUUAUGACUUACUUCCCAUCCUGGGCACUAACAAAAAACAUGUCAGCAAGCAGUUGGAAAAUCAGAGCUCUGGUGUUUCAUCGUACAGAAAGAUGCUGUAUGAGCUGUCUGAAAAUGUAACAGAUGAAAACCUUCGUGACAUAAAGUUCCUUCUGCACAACCUACCCAAAGCAAAAAUGGCUUCUGCUACUUUUUUGGAAGUCCUAGCUGAGAUGGAGAAAACGGAAAUGCUUGGAAAAGACAACCUGGAUGAACUAGAGAAUGUUCUGAGUAAAUGUAGCAAAGAGCUUGCUUAUAGGGUACAGAAAUUCAAGAAGGCAAGUGGGAUAAAAAAUCCUGUUUACAUAACACCAGGUCAGCAGGAAGAAAACCAUCUGCCUGUACAGCCUCAGGAUGUAUUCAUGCCUAAUAUGUCCAUAGCAGAAACAAACCCAGAAUUCUCCCCAGUGACCAGUUCCUUGCCCAUUGAGAGUAUGGACACAGACUCAGAAAAAUUGCAAGCCUCUGAAACAUCACCAGCAAAUGAAAUCGAUGUUGAUGACUGUUAUCCCAUGACCCAGCGGCCUGUAGGAUAUUGUCUGAUUAUUAACAACCACAUCUUUCACCCGAGCACUAAUCUCCGUGAAAGGAAAGGGACACAUGCAGAUAAAGAUUCACUUACUGAAGUUUUCCAGAGAAUGCAUUUCAAAGUGGAAGAAAGAAGAGAUCUUUUGAGUUCAGACAUGCUGGAAACUGUGAAGGAGUUUUCAGAGAGGGACCACUCCAAAAUGGAUGCCUUUGUGUGCUGCAUCCUCUCACAUGGUGAGAAGGGCACCGUGUUAGGGACUGACGGCAUACCUGUUCCGAUCCGUGAUCUCACAAAACCAUUUGCCUGCUGUAAGAUGCUCACUGGCAAGCCCAAACUCUUCUUCAUUCAGGCAUGUCAGGGCAAUAAUCUGCAGAAGGUGUGGGAUGAAGACGGAACGGAAGAUGACCAGUUUGAGUACGAUGCUGAAAGAGCUGUUCUCAGAAGUGUCCCUAUUGAAGCAGACUUCCUCAUUGGUAUGGCAACUGUGGAGUCCUACAAAUCUUUCCGUCACAUAAAAACAGGAUCCAUUUUCAUCCAGGAGUUGUGCAAAUGCCUGCAGUUAGGCUGCAGUAGAAAUGAAGACAUCCUGUCAAUACUAACGAGGGUAAACAGCAGAGUGAGUGCCAAAGAGUUGAAUUUUUAUUGCAAGCAGAUGCCUGAACCUCGCUACACUCUUACUAAGAAACUGGUGCUGCCUAUGGACUGAACUAGAAUGGCUUUUGCAAUUUUUCUGUCUUCUGUUACAUUUGCUUAUACUUUCGCUUUAAUCCUGUUGGAUUAUCAUGGAUUUAAUCCUGAUUCAUCAUGGUUGUUUGGACACAUUUGGAUAAGACAUUCUCAGACACAGACUUAUGACUAUGUCUUUUAACCAUCGGUGAAUUGGGAAAACUAUAUUUUUUGCUGAGACUUUUACACUAUCAGCAGUAACAGAGAAUUAUUUUUGAAUCUCUAACUGAAUUUAGAUUAUCUGUAUUAGAAAUCCUGAACUGUUUACAUUUAUAUCAAGAUGAGAAAGUUUAUAGUAAUACUGAAUAUAGAUCCUGCUAAUGUUUGAAUAAGAUUUUAUAAAUCUGAGGGUGAAUCAAAUGCAGGCCUUAAUUUCAGUGGGUAAACAUGAUGAACUGAUAGCUAUAUGUAUACAUAUUGUUGGAAGAAAUCCUGUUAAAAGCUUGAACACUUGCACUGUUCAAAACAGAUAAAAAUGAUGUAUUCUUGUCAGUUAUUUUUAAUAAACAAUGAAAAAUAAAACAAUAUGGUGUGUAUCUGA